AUGGCAGCUUGUAAAAUAUCGAAGAAACCAAAAACUGAUGAUAUGACAUCACACAUUUUAUUAUUAGUCACGUGUUAUUCAGAAGGUGAAAUUCAUUGGCCAGUACGGAUUUUUCUGACAAGUUCACAAUUAUUAAUGGUAAUCGCUGAUGAUGACAUAACCGGAUCAGAUAACGAUAAAACAACUCCGGAGAUAUGCGAGGAUUUAAUUGAAACAUUCAAUUUAUCUAAUUCCGAGUCUCCGAUACACAGUCAGUCAUAUUUAACCGUAGGAGAAGAUGGCACACCAGAAGAGCGAAAAGGGCUUAAAGCCGGUAAUCGUGGUAAACGAGAUUCAGGCCCAUAA